AGGUCUGUUUUAUGUGUAUUCCGGUAAGCAAAAGUGCUGCAAAUCUAAUGUAUUUAACAAAUUGUAUCGUUUCUGUGCGCUUAGUUUUACUUCAAAUUCAUUUCAAUAAACAUAUUGAUUGCUAACUUAUUUAAUUGUAAUCUGAUAUAACUCAUUCAUUAACUAUGAAUCGAGUUUUAUCUAGAUCUCCUCGUCAUUUUGCUCAAUGAAUAACCUUGAUUUUGAUACAUUUUCCUCUUGUUUUUCCAAUUCUCUCGGACAAUGGUAGAAAGUUCAGAAUCUGCCCGGAAAAGACCUCAUGAAGCUGUUGCUGCAGCCGUUGUAGAUGGCUCUUGUUUAAUAGAUGCAUGCAAUGUAGGUGAUCUUGAAGCUGUGCGUAAGCUUCUGGAUGAGGGAAGAAAUGUAAAUGAAAUAACGGAAGAAGGCGAAAGCCUUUUAUCUUUAGCAUGUUCCUCUGGUUACGCUGAGUUGGCCCAGUUAUUAUUAGCAACACGAGCCAACGUUGAAGAUAGAGGUUUAAAAGACACUACGCCAUUAAUGGAAGCAUCUAGUGCUGGCCAUGUUGAUAUAGUAAAACUUUUGAUAUCACAUGGAGCCAACGUUAACGCCCAGACGUCACAAGGGAAUACACCUUUAAUGUAUGCUUGUGCUGGUGGCCAUGUUGAUGUGGUUAAAGUUUUAAUUGAAGCUGGAGCCAAUGUUGAGGAUCACAAUGAGAAUGGUCAUACUCCCUUAAUGGAGGCAGCCAGUGCUGGUCAUGUUGCGGUGGCAAAAAUUUUAGUUGAAAAAGGUGCAAGUAUAAAUUCUCAUUCAGAUGAAUUUAAAGAAUCAGCUUUAACUUUAGCCUGUUAUAAAGGACAUUUAGAAAUGGUAAGAUUCCUAUUAGAAGCUGGUGCAGACCAGGAGCAUAAAACAGAAGAAAUGCAUACAGCAUUAAUGGAAGCAUCCAUGGAUGGUCAUGUGGAAGUAGCACGUUUACUUCUUGACUCUGGUGCUCAGGUCAAUAUGCCAGCUGAUAGUUUUGAAUCACCUUUAACUCUCGCCUCGUGUGGUGGCCAUGUUGAAUUGGCUAUGUUAUUAUUAGAAAGAGGUGCCAACAUUGAAGAAGUUAACGACGAGGGAUAUACACCUUUAAUGGAAGCUGCUCGUGAAGGACAAGAAGAAAUGGUAGCCUUAUUACUGAGUCAAGGAGCUGAUAUUAAUGCUCAAACUGAAGAAACCCAGGAGACAGCUUUAACACUAGCCUGUUGUAGUAACUCUCUGGAGGUAGCUGAUUUUUUAAUCAAAGCUGGAGCUGAUAUUGAAGCGGGUGGUAAUACACCAUUAAUGGAAGCAGCUCAAGAGGGCCAUAUUGAAUUGGUCAAACAUCUAAUAAAUGUGGGUGCUAAUGUUAAUGCUACCAAUGCUAAUGGAGAAACAGCUUUAAUGCAUGCCUGUGAAAACGGUCACACUGAUGUGGCUGAAAUUCUGUUAUAUGCCUCAGCUGAUUUAGAGCACGAAGCUGACGGUGGUCGCACUCCUUUGAUGAAGACUACUAGAGCAGGACAUAUUUGUACUGUUCAAUUUUUAGUUUCACGUGGAGCCAAUGUAAACAAGAUUACUCCUACAAAUGAUGCGACACCUUUAUCCCUUGCUUGUGCUGGAGGUCAUUUACCUGUUGUUGAGUAUUUGUUAAGUCAAGGAGCUGAUCCAACUCAUCGUCUAAAAGAUAAUGCAACAAUGUUGAUGGAAGCGGCUAAAGGGGGCCAUACAAAAGUAGUUCAGUUGUUAUUGGAUUAUCCUAACGCUAUUUGUAGGUCUCCUCCACCAGAAGAUGCCUCAUCCACCUCAGCACCCAAUCUCAACAAUAUAACAUCUCCAGAGCUAUGUGAUAAUUCGACCACCACCACGGUAACCACCACUACUACCACGACAACUAGUCGUAUGGUUCAACGAGGGUCAAUAAUAUCAACUCAAGAUACUUCGGAUAACCAAGUAACUUCUUCAACAAGUAGUCAAAGAAAAAGUUCUUCAAUUUCAAAUGCUUCCGGUAAAUAUGGUCUGCCAAAAACAUCUCGAAAUAAAAGUUUGUCUUUCAACAAGCCAUCUGAAUCUGUCGAACCCUAUAUACCUCUACCUAAAGGACGCAAUUCGUCUGCAUCUGGUAAACAUCUCGAGAGAAGUUUAUCAGAUAGCAGUGCAUCUCAACUUCUCAAUUCUGUUAAUUUGUUAAGCAACUCUACUGAUAACUCUUCCUCAUGUUCCUCUGGUACAGAUGCUUUCAAAGAUGCCGAAACUCUGAGUCAAUGUAUCAGUGUGAAGCUUGGUUCAAAUGAUGACCUGAGCCCAACUUCAAGGGAACAACAGAUUCUUCAUAAACAACAAAUUCUCGAGGAGCUGGUCCGAGUUGAAAAAGAAUUACAAGAAAAACGCCAAGAACAUUUAUUAUUAAACCAACAAGCUGAACAACAGCAACAGCUGAUUCAAACACUUUGUUAUGAAGCUGAUUUAUCUGCAUCAAGGAAUCAAGGGUUUGCAACAAUACCAGCUUCCACCAAUACCAGUCUCGUGUCCGAUGAUGGUCACAAUCAUCUUUUACAAACAUUAUCAGCCGAUCAACAGUCUUAUUCUUUAAAUAAUCUAACCACUAAUCUUUCCUCCCAAGCAAUGUUACUCCUUGAUAUGUCAGCUCUAAAACAGCAACUGGAAGCUGGUGAUCCUCUCAACUUUCAGUUGCCUUCAAGUCUCACCGCUUCAGGUACUAUUCCAAAUUCACAGCCUAUUCUUCUUCAAACAUCAUUUGGUGAAAGUAAUAUGACAAACUCAGCCAUAAAUUCUAGUAACAGUAACAUCAUCAAUAUUAGUAAUGACAGUAGUAAUAUUAGUAGUGCUAGCAGUACUGUUACAACUACUGAUACCAACUUUUUACUCAAUGGUCUGAAUAAAACACUCUCAGAUAUAUCAGCUUCAUCAGUUGUGCCUCAAAUAAUGACGUCCUCAAGCUUUAGCCCAUCCACAAUCUCCCCUUCAACUUCUAUUCCCGGUUCAAACAGAUCUCGAACAAGGCAAACAAUUAAAGUUAAAAAUGCCUUUUCUAAAGCUCACCAUCAUCAACAUCAGCAUCAGCAUCAACCAAUUAUACCCAGUUUUGAUGCAUUAAAUCACCGAACAUCUCCUUCAGGCAGUGGAACUUUAUUCUCAAGCUCAGUGGGGCCUUUAAUAGAGUCGUUUAAUUUUUCCAGCAUCCCAGUUUCUGCUGGGUCAUUUAGUCAAUCUUCUAUUCUACCAAGUCCAGGUACCAUUGCUACUUCAAUGGCCUUACCCGUGAUUACUUCAACCAAUUCAAUCAUUGCAGCUCAAGCUGAGUCAAUGACACAAACUCCCUCAAUUGAUCUGCUCAUUGAGAGUGAAACGCAAACUCCAACAGACGCUCCUUUACCUUCAACUAUCUCAAUCUCCACCAGUACCUCUAGUUUAACUUUAUCUAACGCGAAAUUAAACCCAGCAUCAUCACCACCCCCUUGGUAUCCUCCUAUUGACUUGGAUUCGCAAACGGAUUCUAAUCACGAUACUGCUUUAACUCUUGCAUGUGCUGGCGGUCACGAAGAGUUAGUUGAAUUAUUGAUCAAAAGAGGGGCCAAUAUUGAACAUAGAGAUAAAAAAGGUUUUACCCCACUAAUGUUGGCAGCUACUGCAGGUCAUGCUGGUGUUUGUGAGCUUCUUUUAAGUCACUCAGCUGAUAUUGAGUCUCAAUCAGAAAGAACCAAAGACACAGCCUUAUCUCUAGCUUGUUCAUCUGGUCGUUAUGAGGUAGUUGAGCUUCUUCUUGAAAAAGGUUCCAAUAAAGAGCAUCGUAAUGUUUCCGAUUACACACCACUGAGUCUUGCUGCUUCAGGUGGCUAUGUUAAUAUCAUCAAAUUACUAUUGAGUCAUGGAGCUGAAAUAAACUCUAGAACAGGUUCCAAACUGGGCAUAUCUCCUUUAAUGUUGGCUGCUAUGAAUGGACAUACAGGGACAGUUAAACUUUUAUUGGACAUGGGAAGUGAUAUAAAUGCGCAGAUAGAAACAAAUCGCAAUACAGCCUUAACAUUAGCGUGUUUUCAAGGCCGUAAGGAAGUCGUUGACCUCUUACUUGAUCGUAAAGCUAAUGUUGAACAUCGAGCUAAAACUGGUCUCACUCCAUUAAUGGAAGCAGCUUCUGGUGGAUAUGUGGAAGUGGGACGAAUCCUGCUCGAUAAAGGGGCUGAUGUAAAUGCUCCUCCAGUUCCAUCAUCACGAGACACGGCACUUACGAUAAGUGCUGAUAAAGGGCAUUAUAGAUUUGUUGAAUUAUUACUUCAACGAGGAGCUCAAGUUGAUGUUAAAAACAAGAAAGGUAGUUCCCCGCUUUGGUUAGCUUGUAAUGGAGGCCAUCUUGAUGUUGUACAGCUUCUGGUCAAUGCUAAAGCUGAUAUUGAUAGUCAAGAUAAUCGAAAAGUUAGCUGUUUAAUGGCGGCUUUUCGUAAAGGGCAUGUCAAAGUUGUAAAAUGGAUGGUCAAACAUGUAACUCAAUUUCCAAGUGAUCAAGAGAUGACCCGUUACAUUGCCAUGAUAAAUGAUGAUGAGCUUCUGAAAAAAUGUCACCAAUGUAUGGAGCAUAUUAGAGCAGCCAAAGAAAAACAAGCUGCUGAAGCCAAUAAGAAUGCGAACAUACUUUUGGAACAAAUCGACAUGGAAAGAUAUCGUGAGGAAACAAGGAGACUCGCUGCUGCACGUAGAAGAGAAAAGAAAAGGGAUAAGAAGAAGGAAAAACAAGAAAGAGAAAAGGCUGCUAAAGCUGCUCAAGAAUCAAAAGAUCCUGCUAAUAAACAGAAACAAGGAGGAAAACAAAAUAAGAAGAAUGAAGAGAAAGUUGAAGUUGAAGAAUCUGAUUCAGAUUUAGACGACGAUUCUGACUCUGCUGAAGAAGAAAAUAUUUUUGAAGAUAUAACCGUUGUUAAAAAUAAUCAAGUUAAUGAAAAUCCCGUUAAGGAAAUCAAGCAAAGAUCUGAGGAACCGCAACCUCCUGUUAAAACGCAAGCUGGUCCAGUUGAACCAGCUCGUGAAGUGAAACCAAUUUCAACACCAACUAAGAAAAAAGAAGCUGAAAAGAAUAAGAAAAAUUCAUCUCAAAAAGAGAAUAAUGCUCUUUCCAGUCAAAAACAAUCAACCGAGAAGAAAGAUAGUCAAAGUAAAGAUAUUAAAAAGCCAAAAGCUUCAUUGGAUAGAUCGCCAAUAUCAAACAAAGGAAAAUCAAAAAAUCAAGAAAAUUUAAAUGUUCCUAUUGAUCGAGAAAACUCGCCGAAUCACGAAAAUCAGACUAAAACAAUGGCACAUUCUGGUUUAAAUGAGAAAAAAAAUGCAGAAAAGACCAAUGCUUCUGAAACAAAUCGUAAAAACAUCAAUGAUAAUUUAUUGAGUGAGUUGAAUAUUGAAGUUCCAAAGGAUGUUACUUCAGAAAAAAACAUUCAUUCUCAGAAGAGUCCUUGUGCUACUGUAUCAACUAAAAGUACGUCUUCAUCCGUGUCGAAUGUUUCUGUUGGUAAUAGUGGCGCAUCAUCUAUAAGUAAUCAAAACAUUGGUCUUAAAAAGGGUCAAAAAAGAGAAGAAGGCUGGAAAGAGGUUGUAAGACGAUCUAAGAAAGUUUCGGUUCCAGCUAAUGCAAUCAGUAGAGUCAUUGGAAGAGGAGGCUGCAAUAUAAAUGCUGUACGAGAAAUUUCUGGCGCUCAUAUUGAAGUUGAAAAGCAAAAAGGCCAAGGUGAUCGUCAAAUAAUUAUUAAAGGAUCUGCCGAUGCAACGCGGCAUGCUCAACAAUUAAUCAAUGGCCUUGUCAAUGAAACUGAUAAAGAUUUAUCUCAAAUCGUUUCACAACUCGGAUUAAAUCGAUCAGCUAGUUCAAAUGAAGAGGACAUUUCCUUCAGUCGAAGUGGACCCAUUAAGAGUUUCAGCUCAACUUCAGUAAUAUCAUCUCAAGCUAAUCGUCCUACAACAGCUGUCUCGGUGCCAAAUACAUUGGUAUCAUCUUACAGUUCUGGUGUUACUAAGUCAUCAUCUGUUAGUGCUGUCUUCACAACUGUGUCACAUGCAACUUUAUCAACAGGAGGCCCUGCUAGAGCAUCGUCUGGUGUUGUAUCUGUUCGAGCUUCGGCACCAAUAAAUAAUUCUGCACCUCCAUUUGGGGGCUCGGUAUCUACUGUCAGCUCAAUCAAUGCUUGGACUUCACCUAAAUCAUCGAUACCACCAAGAAUGCAGUCCAAUAGCUCAAGUCAAUUCAUAAACUCAACAGUCACUACCUCUUCUCUCACCUUUUCUACCAGUUCUCCACCAGCUCUCUCCUCAGGAUCCAAGACAACCAUUUCCUAUACUACAGCAGUUUCAUCGUCAAAACCUAAGACCGUUGUAAAACCUAGCACCCAAUCUGUUAAUAAUCUGAGCUCAACAAAAUUCAUCACUGGCCCAGAAUCAAAGCCAUCAACAGGUGCACCUUUUGCUGCUCCUGUUAGACCAUUAACUCAACCAUUUAAUUCUGCAUCAAGAGUAAUCGGACCAACAGCAUCUAAUAAAAAUGUAACAUCUAAGCAACCUUUUGGUACUAACACUGGUAACAACAAUAACAAUAGCACUAGUGGUGGAAAUAAUGUCAGCAAUUCUGGCUGUGUUAGUGGUAUUAGUAGUAAUAGCAAUAGCAGCAACACUAAUAGUAGUUCUGUAACCACUACAACAACUACAAUACCACCUACAUCUUUACCUACACCUAAAACUUCUAGCUCAUCCAAUGUCCCCGGUUCACCAAAAUCAUCAAUACCCAAUUCAACACCCGAGUACACUCCAUUUAACAAUUUAUUUAGUAAAGUUGCCCAGGCAAGUGUUUGGGGACCUUCCAAGGAAGCCCAUAAGCCCAAUUUUGCUUCUGUUGCAGCCACGGGAAUAUCAUCUGUGGCAACAUCUCAAUCAGCGCCUCCUAUGACCAUUACAUCUUCUAAUAACGAACAUGAGCAUAUUUCGGUUGAUAUCUCUAAAGCUCCCGGUUAUCGUGGCAACUUGCAUAGUUCACCUGGCAACGCUUCGAUAACAUCAACACCUUCUUCAUCAGCUGGUCCCAAUUUCGGACCUAUUGGAAGUGGACCUAGAAACGCUCCCUGUACUCCUCCUCUGUCGACCAUCCCAGGAAUUGUCAGUUCAUCUGCGCCAGUUCGUUCACCAAUAUCUUCUGGAACAUCAAUUGUCUCUGCAGCACCAUCAUCAACAUCACCUUCAUCACCUCCACCUUCAGUCUCACCUCAACCAUCAGCUUCUUCCUCUCAACCUAGAACAAUGAUGAAAGAAUCAGCUUCUUCCGUUGAUUUAUCGCCAGCCGUUGUCUCUUCGUAUUCUAGCAAUACAAAUACAUCCAACAUAUCCUCAGGAUAUCAAUCUUCAGUUUCUUCAAAUGUAUAUACUUCCUCAUCAUUAGCAAACCAUCCAACAAGUAAACAGUCCAACUUCAAUCUUACCCCGGGUUCAAAUGCUUCACGAGGCUAUUCAACAACAACCACCUUUAGUCAACAUCAUGGCCCAUUAUCAUCCGUUGAUCCUAUCCAUCCGGCUGUGGCAUCAGGUUUAUCUGAUCCUCAUUCAGUUCAUGCCUGUGUAUCUUCAAUGAACCCUUCUAUGCCCAAUUUGAUCAAUACUACUGUUCAAAGUAGUUUAAAUCCCAAUGCACCCGACUUCUCGAUUCGCAGUAAUCCCAAUUACAUACCAAAUCUGUCUCACCAACAAAAUGGACCCUUAUUAAGAUCAGCAGCUCAUCAACAUCAUCUACAAGCUUCUCAACCUAGAACGAUGGGCUAUCAAGAUCUUAUGCCUAAUGUUCAAGGAAUCCAAUUACAGAAUCCGCAACAACAUGCUCCACCAUUGCACAUGCAAAUGAGAGCUGCCAUUUUAGCUGCUGGAGCUAGUCUUCAAAUGCAAACAUUACAAGCUCAAGCUGCUCAGGCUGCUCAGGCGGCUCAGUCUGCGCAAGCAGCUCAAGUAGCCCAAGUAGCUCAAGUGGCUCAAAAUCAUGUGAGAUAUCAAGUUGGUCCUGCUAAUGUACCCACACCAGGAUUACAUCCCCAGUUACAGAAUCAAUCAGCCUUAGGUGGAGAGUUCAAUCCACCAUCAGCAGAAACAUUAAGACUUCUCCAAACGGCACUUACAGCCUUUCCAGCUGCAAACGCUGUUCUACACCAAAGUCCACCCCAAAAUAUGCAACCCUACAAUAUGAUGCAACCACCUAUUAGUAUGCGUCAAGCACAGCAACAACAAGGACAACAAGCAUCACAGCAAACCCAUCAACAGCAUCACCAUCCUGGUCAGCAGCCAAACUCACAGCGGACUCAAGCCGGAGGAUCCAAAGAGGCAGAUAUGAGCGAUAUGAGUGAAGAGAGGAAAUUACCUCGUCCCAUUGGUACUGAGAGGGCACAGAAAAAGAAUCCAAUACACGGAAUGUCCAGUUCAAAUAUGGGCUACUCACCUGGGAUAGAAAAUUUACAACCAAAUCUUUGGCCUUUCCCUAAUUCAGUAGAGAUGCCCUCGGCAGAGGGUAAUGAAUGGUUACUUCCAGGGGCUGGUGCAGCACCAAAUGAUGAAUUAAUGGCUAGCAUGAUGCCAAUCAACUACAUGAUGAACCAUAAUUAUGUUUCGAUGAAUGAAACUGUUCCAGAGCAACACGAACCUGAUUAUACUGUUGGUUAUCCUUAUUUUCCUUCUGAUAUUUAAUAAAUAGUGUUGCAAUGAAAUGCACCAUUUGUUGAAGGUUUAACUUGAGGCUUUUGCCAUUUGCCUAAUAAUAAAAAUGAUAUCACUCAAAAAGUAAACAAUUCAAAAUGGAAAUUGUCAUUUUUUCAUCUUUUGUCAAUCUUACUGUUUUGAUUACUCAAAAAUGUAUUGAAAUCAAAAAUUAAUCUUUUCAUUUAGAGUAGAAAAGAAAUUAAAUCUUUCCAGUUCAAUUUAA